AUGGAACAAUUUAGACAGAUUGGUAAGGCAUUGGGGAGUUUGAAGGCUUUGAUGUUAUUCAAAGAGAAUAUUCAAAUCAAUCAAAGACAGUGUUGUCUUCUUCUUGAAGUGUUCACCUUUGCAUAUGAUACUAUUGCAGAUGAGAUCAAACAGAACCUCAAAUUUGAAGAAAGGAAUGUGAAAUGGAAAGGAUUAGAACAACCUUUGAAAGAGAUUCAUAAGAUCUUCAAAGAAGGUGAAUCAUAUGUGAGGCAUUGUUUGGAAACAAAAGAUUGGUGGGCUAAGGCUAUUAUAUUGUGUCACAACACAGAUUCUGUUGAGUUGCAUAUACAUAACUUGAUUUGUUGCAUGCCAGUUGUGAUUGAAGCUAUCGAAUUGGCCGGAGAAACUUCAGGGAUCGAUCAGGACGACAUGAAUAAGAGGAAGUUAAUAAAUUCUCAUAAGUUCAGAACAGAGUUUAGAGAUAUGAACCUUUUUCAAUGGAAAUUUGGGAAACAGUACUUAAUUACACCCGAGUUUUGCAGCCGAUACGAAACGGUUUGGAAGGAGGACAGGUGGUUUCUUCAACAGAAAAUGCAUGAGAAGAAGAUGGCAGGAGCAACAAAGCAAGAGAGAAGAUUGAUAGAACUUAUUUUGAAGAAUUUGCAAGAAUCAUGGGAAGGGAAGCUUAUUCCAAGUUCAACCUUGGUUGGAUCUAAGGACUUCCAGGUUAAGAGAAGGAUGGGGAAUGGACAAGACAAGGAAAUUGCGUGGUUAGGCGAAAGCUUCGUGAUCAAGCAUUAUACCGGAGAAAUCGAAGCUUGGGAGCCAGAGAUCAGAGAAGUUUUGUCUCUGUCUCAUCCAAACAUAAUGGAUGUUCUUUGUGGUUUCACUGAUGAUGACAAGAAAGAAUGUUUCUUGCUUAUGGAAGUUAUGAGCAAAACAUUAAGCACUUACAUCAAGGAGAUCCAUGGCCCCAAGAAGCAGAAACCGUUCUUACUCCAUGUCGCGAUCGAUCUUAUGCUUCAGAUUGCGCGAGGAAUGGAAUACCUGCAUUCAAAGAAAAUUUAUCAUGGAGAGCUAAAUCCUUCAAACAUUCUUGUUAAGCCAAGAGGUAACUUGCCUGAUGAUUACUUGCAUGCCAAGGUAACUGGUUUCGGCCUAUCUUCGGCCAUGGAAUCAAACCAGAAAGGGGGUACAAAUCAAAAUCAGAAUGGAACUUCACCAUUCAUCUGGUAUGCUCCAGAAGUACUUGAAGAGCAAGAAAAUUCCGGGGGUGCCUUGCAAUGCAAGUAUUCAGAGAAAUCUGAUGUUUAUAGUUUUGGAAUGGUUUGCUUUGAGCUUCUAACAGGUAAAGUCCCUUUUGAAGAUAGUCAUCUACAAGGAGAGAAGAUGAGUAGGAACAUAAGGGCAGGGGAGAGGCCACUUUUCUCGCUAAAUUCACCGAAAUAUGUCAUCAACUUGACAAAGAAAUGUUGGCAUACAGACCUGAAUCAGCGUCCGAGCUUCUCUUCCAUCUGUAGAAUUCUCCGGUACAUAAAACGGUUUCUUGCCAUGAAUCAUAGUCAUAUCACUCAAUUAGAGGCACUGGCGCCAACGCCGGCUGUAGAUUACUGUGACAUAGAGACUGCACUUUUGAAGAAGUUUCCUACUUGGGGGAAUUCUGAAUCUACAUCGAUAUCACAAAUUCCUUUUCAAAUGUUUUCUUAUCGAGUUGCAGAACGAGAGAAAACAGGUACAUACUCUAAAGAGAACUCUGAAUCUGGAAGCGACGCUUCAGCGUGUGGCGAUGAUCUUGCUACCUCUGGUGAUGAGGCAUUCAUAUCAUCCACAAAUGAAAAGAAGAGUUGCCCUACGAAUGAAAGCAUGAGUACCAAGAAGCAUUCACUAGCAAGGAAAUCAUUAGAUUUUAAUAAGCCAAUAAAACAACAAGGUUUACCUUCAAACUUCGUUUCUUACUCCAUUUACACCAAGAUCAGCAAGGCCUCCGCAGAUGUCGUCUUUUGGGCGGCCGAAGAGGACUAG